GUCAGAGUGUUGGAAUAGAAAUCUUUUCAAGAAAGCAAUUAAUCGUUUCGCUUGGUAGAUUUUUCCGGAAAUUUCAAGGUUUUGCUGUUAAAGCAAACGGUUUCUACACCACUGUUAUGGGAGAGACAGCCAGACUGGACGUUUUGUGGAUGAUUUUUGAGCCAAUAACAGACUGAAGAAUUUCCAUGAAACCAGCACUAUGAGAAUAGCUGACAACUUCCCGCCAUCAAAAAGUUCUGUUGCGACAGUUGACGCCGAAAACUCGACGUUCCAUUUACAAUGGGCUUUCAUUGUCGCAGCUGUUUGCGGUGGGUUGCUGUUUAGCAUGCUCGUGGUUCUUCUUGUGUGGCGAUCGCGUGUCCGGUGUAAAAGUUGCCCUAAUGAAAACAACAACCUGCCCGAGAGAACAAUAUCACGCGUGUCUUUUAAAAUCCCACAGCCUAAAAUCGAACCGAUCCUCAUUCCCACGCAGUCACGAUAUCCACAGAAAGAAAAUGACGAGUUUGAACCAUUCCUAGAUCCUGAGAUUUACAGAGAAGAAGUGACAGGGGAAGGAUCGCCAUUCCAAGGCUCAGCUAGACUCUGUUUCUCUUUAUCUUACGACAAAUUCAGCGAGGAGCUCAAAGUCUGUCUCAUUCGAGCCACUCGUUUAACACCAAUCGGAGAAAACGUCACGGUUACACCAUACGUAAAGAUAUUUCUUCUUCCAGACAAAAAGCGAAAAGCUCAGUCAAGAGUGCUGCGCAGAACAUCCAAUCCACAGUUCCAUGAAGACUUUGUUUUUAUGGUUUCACCGGUAGAUCUACCAAACAGAACUCUUGAAUUUACAGUCUGUGAAUUCGAUCGAUUUUCCCGUCAGCAGGUUAUCGGUCACGUGAGAUAUCCUUUAAGAGAUGUGAAUGAUUUGAACUCAGUACAAGGGACAGGAGAGAUCUGGGUUGAUAUCAACAAUGAGGAUCUAAAGAGUGGAGUAGACAAAGGGGAACUACUGUUUUCUCUGCAGUAUCUACCUACCUCAUGUAGACUUACAGUAGCUGUCCUCAAAGCUAAAGAAUUAAAAUUGAACGGAGAAGACACAGAUUUGGGUAAGUUCUGUGACGAAGAUCCGAAAAUGUGGGUGAAAACCGGCUGGCAGUCAAAGCUUUCUUUAAUUUCUUCCUCUAAUAUCUUAAUGCAUGCAUCAAAUUUGAGCAAAUAUAUGACUGUAAAUAAAUGAAAAUCAUAUAUGUGAACUGCGGUUGAAGAAAUGAAUAUGGAAACGAUCCUCGCAGCUAUGAGCCAUGAACGUACGGGAUUUGAACACAUGCGAUAAUGGUGCAGCGUUCUACCAACUAAGCUAGUAAGCCAACUGGGAGC